GAGGCAUUCUGGUUCGAAGGCCCUGCUGGGAUAUCGUGCGCGCCCAACGCAGUCUCGCCUGUCGCCCUGUGCAAUCCGCGCGGCACUGCCAUCAUGCAGAACGCUUUGUGGACCGGCAUGUUCAAUGACGCGUCCGUGAACGGCGAGAUGUCCUUCCCCGGCGUUGAGGGGCUCCAGGUCUUAUUGGAAGGCAACGGCAUGAAGGUCGGCGACGGGGGGAUCGGCGUUGUAUUUUCGCAGAAGGCAUGGGGGCAAAAUCGUUCACUGUCCAAGGAUGACUUCAUGGAGCUCACGCGGGCCAUCGAGACCAUGCAUGUCGACGCGCUGUUGCAGCGCAUUGCGGGGCGCUUGGAACAGCAGGACUUCCCGUACGUGCUGCCGUCGGAGAUGGGCCAGUUUCGCCCCGUCACGCCGACGGACGAGCUCGUCGCGGAGCCUGUGCGGCGGGCCAAGUUCAUGUACAACUCAUACUACGCGCUGGUCGUCCAGUGCAAUGUUCAACGUUCGCAUGAGGAUCGACGGCUCCGUCACAGGUUCACGGACGGCGUCUUCGCGCCCGCGAUCCCCGUGGCCAGCUUCGGCGACGCGGCGAGGAAGGAUGCCGCCGGGGAGGUGUGCUCCAGUAUGACCGCCGCGCUGUUCGGAGCCUUGGACGCGAAGGUCUGGGGCGGCUGGGACGCGCUGACGAAGUGCGCCCCUCCGACGGCAGCGCUGUUUGAGCAGUGCAUGUCGGGUGCGUAUUUUGCCGCCGUGACCGACGUAGUCAGCGCGCCCCCCCUGGAGAGCAUCCCCGGGUUCGCGCCGCUGUGCCCGGUGGAGAUUGGCAACGCGAGCGUGGCGGCGCAGGCGGAGCGGUCAUGGGUCGCUGCGAACGCAGCGCAGGAAGACCACGCGGAAGUUGAACGCAUCCUAGCGGCGUCGUGGGAAGAGGAGAAGCAGCGGAUCCCGUCGAGCUGCCGCGCCUUUUUGACCGCGGAGAGCGCCGAGCUAUUCCGGCGCGGCAAGUAUUGCGAGGCCUUGGAGACCGUCGUGAGUUGCCGGGCCGGUUCGGGCUGCGCGACGCCCGCGGCGCCAUUCGCGCCCAAAGUGAAUCCUUGGGAAGGCGCGGGCAUCACGGAGGGCGCGGUAAGAGACCGCGAGGAGAUGCUGACGCACUUGGACUCCGCGGACGCAGUCGUGGUGGACGCGGGCGUGAUCGCUGCCUGGAAGAAAAACGUCGAUUCUGCGCCGCCCAGCAUUCGGGCCUUCUUGCCUGAGGAUCCGCCGCAGGAGUUUUGGGUGGAGGAAUAUUACUCGGCGAUCCACCGCGUGGUGGGCGUGAAAUUGCCCGCAGUGGCGACGUUUGGCACUGGGCGCCCCGGCGACGCCCGCCAAGCCGACGUGCUGGCCAUCGCGCGAAGGUCUGCGCCCCUGAUGGCGGACCCGGUCGAUGCGAUGGAAGUGGCGGGCGGGGCAGCCGCGGGGGCGACCGCGCACAUCGGGCCCCGAUCGAUGCGCGAGUUGUCGAGUUUCGAGGGGCACUGGAAUUUCGAGGGGUUCGUCAUGCACUUCGACGACCAGCCUCGCACAACGGGGAAGAAGGGCAACAGCAAGGGGUUGAAGGACUCGCCGCAGAAGGGUUUGAAGGACUCGCCGCAGAAGCGCGGCAGUGCCGCGUCCAGCAGCGGAGGGCUGGCGAUGGGCGCGAUGAUGAUGGGCCGCACGGGCCCAGUGAUCGUGACUUUGUUCGAUGCUGCUGCGCGUGAUAUUUUGCAAGUGGUGUCCUCGCGGACUGGGCCGCGCUCAGCGCAGCAGCCGAAAGUAAUUUUUGCUUUCGCGAACGUCCGCGUGGCAACGCUGCCGGAGGGGGGUGACUGGAACGGGAAGCUCCUGACGCAGGUGCGGGCGUUGCAUUCCAGCACGGCGAAGGGCGUUGCCGUGCCAGGGACCGUCGCGUCAGCUGUGACGAUGCCGUCGUUACCGCACAUGGCGGCUGGAGUUGCGUUCGCAAUUCCGCAGGCUGACGUGUGCGCUGAUUUCCUCAGCGUUCGAGAUUUUAUGAAGGGGCCUUUCCGUGGGACCUUCACUGGCGUCGUCGCGAACGUCGAGGGCGCGUCCUUCACGGGGAUGCUCUACCUCAUGAAAGAUGCCUUCGUCUUCCCUGUGGCGCACCGCGACCUCUGCCCGCAGGCCCGGAUCGAGAUCACCAUUGACUGA